AUGGAUUUCCAAAACCGGCCCGGUGGUAAAACCGGCGGUGGUGGUGUAGCCUCAUGGUCGGAGAGCAACAGAGAUCGUCGUGAAAGGCUUCGCCAACUUGCUUUGGAAACUAUUGAUUUGAAUAAAGAUCCAUAUUUUAUGAAAAACCAUUUAGGAUCAUAUGAGUGCAAACUUUGUUUAACUCUUCACAACAAUGAGGGCAGCUAUUUAGCUCAUACACAAGGAAAGAAACAUCAGGCUAACUUAGCACGAAGAGCUGCUAAGGAAGCUAAAGAAGCACCUCAACAAUUAGCUCCAGAAAAACCAAGAAUUGAGCCAAAGAAGUUUGUAAAAAUUGGACGGCCUGGUUACAGAGUCACAAAGCAAAAAGAUCCUGAAAAUGGCCAGCAGAGCUUGCUUUUUCAAGUCGACUACCCAGAAAUCGCUGAAGGAGUACAACCAAGGCAUCGCUUCAUGUCUGCUUAUGAACAAAAGAUAGAGCCACCAGACCGUAGGUGGCAAUACUUGCUCUUUGCUGCUGAGCCAUAUGAAACUAUAGCAUUUAAGGUGCCAAGCCGUGAAGUUGAAAAGCAUGACUCUAAAUUUUGGACUCAUUGGAAUAAGGAUACAAAACAAUUCUUUUUGCAAUUUGCAUUUAAAAUUGAGCCUCUACGAAUGCCACCUCCUCCUCCUCCUAAAAUGUGGGAAAACCAUGGCAUUAGAUUACCACCUCCUCCUGGAGCUCAACUAAUGGGUGUACCACCUCCUCCACCUCUAUUACCUGUACCACCUCCUCCACCAUCCAUGUAA